AUGAAUGCCAUAGCCGACAAGUUUGGUGUCAGCGAGUCGACGGUGCCCGUUGCGAUACGCCGCGUUUUGGACUUUCUGCUGUCCAUAAGCGAAAGAGAAAUACGCUGGCCUAACGACGAGGAGGCUGCACGAAAUAAGCGUGCGUUUCGCGCGCUUGGUCGUUGUGACGGCGUCGAGGCUAGCCUGCCAGACGUCAUCGGUGCCAUUGAUGGAUGCCAUGUUCGCAUCACAAGACCCACAGUGUGCGAGGAGGACUACUACAACAGGAAGAAGUUCCACUCCAUCAUCCUCCCGGAUGUUUGUGAUGCCGACAUGGUGUUCACUGAUGUAUUCGUUGGCUUUCCAGGCAGAGCACACGACGCCAGGGUGUUGGAGGAGAGUUUUCUAUUCGAAGAGGCAGCUUCGAGAUACGACGAUAGUGACAUUGUAAACAGCGACCUUGGCAUAUUCUCCAGUGAGCCAGUUGAUGUUGACCACAAACCUACGUUGGCAGCAAGGCUGCGGGACCGACUGGCCCAGAGUGUGCCAUUGUGA